AUUCUAGCUUAGCAUAUAAUCUCUUACACACAUUGUUCUGUUUGUUCUGUUUGUGUUCUAUGAAAAUUCUGUUUUUCCAAUACAUCACAGAAACUAAAAUUUAAGCAUGGCAGACAAAAAAGGCGCACCUCCAAACCCAGAUGAUUUUAAGUUAAAAGACACGAAGCCCCAACUAGGGGAACGAUGGCCUCAUGGAGGAGUUCGAGGUGGGCAUGGAUGGAUACGCGGGGAUAGGACUUCGAGUACUUAUGACCUUGUGGAGCAGAUGAACUACUUGUAUGUUCAUGUAGUGCGGGCCAAAGAUCUCCCGGUUAACCCUGUAACCGGGGGAUGUGAUCCUUAUGUUGAAGUCAAGUUGGGGAACUAUAAGGGAAAAACGAAGCAUUUCGAGAACAAGAUUAACCCCGAGUGGAAACAAGUCUUCGCGUUUACGAAGGAGAAGAUACAAUCGACUGUACUUGAAGUCUAUGUUAGAGACCGAGAGAUGGUUGGGCGAGAUGAUUAUCUUGGCAAGGUGGUGUUCGACCUAAAUGAAGUGCCUACGAGGGUUCCUCCCGACAGUCCUCUGGCCCCACAAUGGUAUAGGCUAGAGGAUCGUCGAGGGGAGGUGAAGACGAGAGGAGAGGUCAUGGUUGCGGUUUGGAUGGGGACACAAGCUGACGAAGCGUUCCCUGAAGCUUGGCAUACUGAUGCUGCAUCAGUAGUGUCAGGAGAAGGUGUUUAUAAUAUCAGGUCCAAGGUUUAUGUUUCUCCCAAGUUAUGGUAUCUUAGAGUAAAUGUUAUAGAAGCACAAGAUGUCGAGCCAAACGAUAAAACUCAAGUACCGCAGGCGUUUGUCAAGGCUCAACUCGGAAGCCAGAUACUUAAAACAAAGUUGUGUCCUGUUAAAACCACCAACCCUCUAUGGAAUGAAGAUCUUGUUUUUGUAGUAGCCGAGCCCUUCGAGGAGAUGUUGGUUCUAGAAUUGGUGAACAAAGCCCCAUCGAAGGAAGAGCUAGUAGGCAAGAUAAGUUUGCCUUUGAACAUCUUUGAGAGGCGGCUAGACCACAAAGCGGUUCACUCUCGUUGGUUUAAUCUCGAGAGAUUUGGGUUUGGGGCGUUGGAGGGUGAUAGGAGGAAUGAGCUCAAAUUCUCGACAAGGAUUCACUUGAGGGUUUGUCUUGAAGGGGGUUACCAUGUGCUUGAUGAAUCAACAAUGUAUAUUAGUGAUACGAGGCCAACUGCACGACAGUUGUGGAAACAACCGAUGGGAAUACUCGAGGUGGGAAUCUUGAGUGCUCAAGGGCUUCAAGUUAUGAAGAAAAAGGAAGGCCAAAAUAAUACGGAUGCAUAUUGUGUCGCUAAGUACGGACAAAAAUGGGUUCGAACAAGAACCAUCAUCAAGAGCUUCAACCCUAAAUGGAACGAGCAAUACUUGUGGGAGGUCUACGAUCCUUGCACUGUCAUCACCAUAAGCGUUUUUGACAACAACCAUCUCGAAGGAAAUGAUAAAACCACAAAAGAUCCAAAGAUUGGGAAGAUAAGAAUCCGACUAUCCACCCUAGAAACAGACCGGAUUUACACCCACUCCUACCCUCUCCUUGUCCUUCAACCCUCCGGAGUUAAAAAGAUGGGAGAGCUCCAACUAGCAGUUCGAUUCACUUGCUUAUCAUUCUCAAACAUGAUAUAUCAAUACUCACAUCACUUGCUCCCAAAAAUGCAUUAUGUCCAUCCAUUCUCUAUUAACCAAUUAGAUAACUUAAGAUACCAAGCCAUGAACAUUGUAGCUGUAAGGCUUGGAAGAGCAGAACCGCCUCUUAGACGAGAGGUUAUCGAAUACAUGCUAGAUGUCGACUCCCACAUAUGGAGCAUGAGAAAAAGCAAGGCUAAUUUCUUACGGAUAGUGUCAGUUUUCUCUGGGAUGAUCUCGAUGAGCAAGUGGUUAGGAGAAGUUUGCAAAUGGAAGAAUCCUGUUACAUCGGUCCUAGUUCACAUUCUCUACUUCAUCCUAAUUUGCUACCCUGAGCUCAUCCUCCCAACCGUGUUCCUCUACAUGUUUCUUAUUGGUAUAUGGAACUAUCGAUACAGGCCAAGACACCCGCCACACAUGGAUACUAAACUUUCAAGGGCAGAUGGAGUCCCCCCAGAUGAGCUUGAUGAGGAGUUCGAUACUUUUCCAACAACAAAGUCAUCCGAUUUAGUUCGAUUGAGAUACGAUAGGCUACGUAGCAUAGCAGGACGGAUACAAACGGUGCUAGGAGAUAUUGCAACUCAAGGAGAAAGAUUUCAGGCAUUACUAAGUUGGAGAGAUCCUAGAGCAACCUGCCUUUUCACAUUCUUUUGCCUAAUUGCAGCAAUUUUACUCUAUGUGACACCUUUUCGGCUGCUGGCUAUCUUUGCAGGCUUGUACUUCUUUCGACAUCCUCGAUUCAGAAGCAAGAUGCCUACGGUCCCGAACAAUUUCUUCAGGCGAUUGCCUUCUCGGGCUGAUAGUUUGCUCUAAGCUAGACUAACACCUUUACAACAUAUUUUGGCUUGUGUUUUAAAGAUCAUCUCCUGGUUUUUCUUUUAUUGUUCCUUAUGUGUUCCCUUCCUCCAAAUUAUUGGUUAAUGUAUCAUUUGGCAAUUUUUUUUGCAAUCAACUUUGUACUUCCCUAAUCUUUUACAAAAA